AUGUCUACCGACUGGUCGCUCGACUUCUGCCUCGUCUGCGAUCGUCAGACCUCCGGCGGCCCCUACUGCUCGCAGACCUGCCGACUCGCCGAGCUGGACAGCCCAUCGCCCGACGAUGAGCAACCCUCCCAGCAACCGCGACAGGCGGCCCACUCUCGAUCCUCCACCCUCGACUCCACCAUGGAGACCCGGGGCCGAAGUCUGUCGGCCUCGUCCUCCCAGACCUCGCUGUCCUCUCUACGGAGCCAUGCCUCCAAUACGGCCCUCUCCGGUCAGCUCCAAGACGAGCUGCGGGACUAUGCCAGCUGCUUCGAUCCCGUGCGAGACCUGAAGCGGCGAUUGACGACCACUUGA